AUGGCAUUUUCCAGUUUGGUUAUACUUCACCUUGUUGCUACAUCAUUCAAUGUGUUUCAUGCAAGAGGAAUAACCUUCACGGUUGGAGAUCUCGAUGGCUGGUCGCCCUUCACCAAUUUCUCCAACUGGCUCCAAGGAAAAGAGUUUCAUGUUGGUGAUGUUCUAGAUUUCAAUUACCCCAAGGGAGCGCACACUGUAAUGCAGGUGAACUCAAAUGCAUAUGAAGAAUGCAUAAAGGACACACACAUCAGGCAAUUCACUAACGGCAAUGACUCAAUGCUUUUAACAGAGGCAACCCAAAUGUGGUUCAUAUGUGGGGUAAGUAAUCACUGUGAAAAUGGCCAGAAGUUGACCAUCAAUGUGACUCCUUAAGUAGAACUAUUAUUUUUCCUCCUUAAUGUGAUUCCUUAGCUAAGUAGGAAUUCUAGUUUUCCUCGAAUAAAUCAAAAUGUUUGACACAGCACAAAUUAAACUACAACAAGUUCAGUCUUUUGUUAUAUAAUAUCUUGUAGUCAUCAAGCUUGCUUGUAACUUCAAAAUAUAUGGGCAUAGUACGAAGCAGUCAAAACUAAAGUUAAUUUUU